CAGCUUGCUCAACAGCAACGAUGUGCAGUCAACUGAACCAUAGCCUUCAUAGCCUUCAUAGUCUGAUGGCCUGCCAGCACCCCAUCUUUUAAAGCCACUUCGGUAUCCAAUGUCGCUGGCGCCUCAGCUUGAGACACGGUUUCGGAUUCAAGAACCUUUGGUCUCUUUCAUUUCUUCCUCUGCGGGCAGACAGGAAUUUCAACGUUCCUUCUGUACUAGCUGUCUUUCUCUGUGUGUCUCUCUCUAUUUUCCCGAUGUCAAGACGUUCACUCGCUUUCCCUGGCCUAGCACCGUCAGAAUCCAUUCACGAAUAUGGAUCUUCGCAGCACAUCACAGCAGAUCCAUGGAGGCCUGGCAAAGCAUCUCUCGAUGUUUGGAUAUACUUCAAUCUCAUAUCCAACACUAUUCUUCUCCCCAUCCUAGUGGUGACAUUCGUCUUCUCCAAAUAUGCGAAGAUACGAUGUCUUGCCCCCCUGAUCAAUAUGUGCAUAGCUUGGAUUCUGUCCGGGAUAUUCUCCUUGCUCUUGUUCUACGAUGGCAGAGCACGGCCAGAAGAUCCUCUUCCUUCCCUUUCAUUGUGCACAGCACAGCUCUCUCUCUUGUAUGGCGUACUUCCCAUGUGGUCCGUUGCUGUUCUUGUCCUGACCUAUUAUGUUCAUGUUCAAGUCGGGGCGAACACCCCCCGACGUAAGAUGAUUCCCAUGCCUCUGUUGAUUAUGGCACCUUACGCCGUACAGAUUGCGUUUUCCAUAGCAGGGGUCAUUGCCGCUACAAGCAAACACUCUCAUGUUCAGAUAAAGCGCACAUUCUUUUAUUGUGCUCUUGUUGGGCACCCUUUGUCGAAUGGAAUGUCCAUCUUCGUAUUCGUGAUUUGUUUGGGGAUCAUUCUUUUGAAGAUUCAACUCGCAUUGGUGUUCUAUCGCAAUUGGCAAGCGUUACGAGAUGCACAGCGACGUACGGACGCUUCAAUUACUCAGGCGCAUGCAAAUGUUCCGGUCCUGAGGAUGUUGGUUUUUGGGCUGUACGUCUUUGCGGGCAUGAUAUGUAACGUUAUCAAACUGUUUGAUCCUCGAAGCGUUGUCCCGUACAUGUAUGUCGCAAGUGCCGGUACUAUAGUGUUCCUCGUCUUCGGUACACAGUCCGAUAUACUGGAAGCAUGGUCCUUCUGGAGGUGGAAAUGGAGAUCCCUUCUCCCAGGCUCCGUAUCACUCCCUCCACCUGCCUCAAACCCUCCCCUUACCGUGGAGAACCACAUCGCUUCCACAGAUAGUUGGCGUGACUUGUCGCUUCCUUCUAUGAGGGACGAAAGUUUUCGAGCUGAAGCUGGAGCGAUUAUUAUCAUCAACGUCCGAAAGAGUAUCCACCCUAUUGAACCUCCCACUCCUAUUCCAAGAGUCCAGAUCAUUCGACAUAUCUAUACUAACGAGGAAGCCGUAAGUCCGAUGGGACGGGACUGUGGCACGACUGGUUUUGGAGCCGCCCGUCCAACCUCCUGGUUCUGACUUGAACAACACCUCCGUUACGGUCGAGUGAAGCUGUUUCAUGUGCGGCAUAUUCUUUAUUAUUUCUUGCUGUCGUUAGUAAAUGCUACCGUUCCUUUACUUCCCUUGUUGCCCUACCUGUAUUGUUUUCGACCAUAACACCUAGUCGUAUUAUUACUCACUAGCAUCCGUAGUUCCGGCAGUUCCCUUGCGGGACCACGCUGUGUAAUCUAUCUACAGUAUCUAUCUAUCUACUCUCCACUUCCCUCGGGUACUUUGAGAUCUAUGUAUCCUUGUGUCUCACUCUAAUAACACAUUUCAGUUUGUACAACC